GUAUCUUCGGUAGAAUUUGGAAUAGUAAUAUUUUUGUCAAAAAAAUAUAUAAACAAGGUAAUGUUCAACACUUUUACAAUAAAUUUUACCGAGUUAUUUUUGCACAAGAGUUGCUAUCAUGGAGGGUAUGAAUUAUAUGGAGCCAAAACGUGAAAUACUAUCUCCGAUCGAUAUGCCUCGUUGGUUGAAAUCACAGGCAUAUCAUGAGUUUCUGGGGUUCAUAAUGGCAUUAAAUAAUGCAGUGAAAGAAAAAACAAUGCAAAGUGAUUACAUCAAGUCUGAGAAGUGUGAAAAAGUUGUUCAACUUCUUGAGAUUUUGGAUAAAUGGAUAGACGAAUGUCCUGCUGUGGAUCAACCAGUCAGAUUUGGCAACACAGCUUAUCGAGACUGGUUCACAAAACUUGAAACAGAGAGUGAAACACUUUUGAAAGAUUUAUUGCCAAGUGACCAAUCAGGGGCGAUACUUGAAUUACAAGCCUAUUUUAAAGAUGGAUUUGGUAAUAAAACAAGAAUUGAUUAUGGUUCAGGUCAUGAAGCAUCCUUCACAGCGUUUCUUUGUUGCCUGUAUAAAUUAAACGUUUUACAAGAAAGUGACUAUACCGCUACAGUUUUCCAUAUUUUUAAAAGAUAUUUAGACUUGAUGCGUCGCCUUCAAAAGGUCUAUCGGAUGGAGCCAGCCGGCAGCCAUGGUGUUUGGGGUUUGGAUGAUUUCAAUUUUCUACCAUUUUUCUGGGGAAGCGCGCAAUUGUCAGAUAAUAACUAUGCUUUGAGGCCAAAUUCGAUACCGGAGCAGAAAGUUUGUAACGCUAAUAAAAAUGAAUACCUCUUCUUCGACUGUAUUAACAACAUUCACGAGGUAAAAACUGGACCGUUUUUCGAGCAUUCUAACACCCUCUGGGGGAUUAGCAGUGUUCAAACUUGGAGUAAAGUUAAUAGUGGUUUGUUAAAAAUGUACAAAGCCGAGGUGUUAUCAAAGUUUCCCGUGAUGCAACAUUUUGUUUUUGGUUCAAUAUUGUCUAUUGAACCAGUGCCGACAUGAAGUUACACAUGUGAACAUUAUUAAGCAAUAACCCAAACUAUCCCUACGUGUUCAGAUAAGAUCCAAGAUGAAACGAGAGUCCUAUGAAAUCCCCAGUAUGGGUUGUUUUGAAGCUUGUUAGAAGAAACAUUGGAAGCUCUAACUUACAAGUUACAAGCAGGCUUUUCUUCUUAGUGAAGAUGAUCAACAGUUCGAUAUUAUGUCAACCCAUAAACAUUCUGGCUUUAAAAUCGAAUUCAAACGAUUCCUACACAGCAUUGAGUCAGAGCAUUGAGUAUAAAUCAUUAACGGCAUGAAUGGUAUUAUUAAAACACCUCUA